CAUCGCAUAUACAAAAAACUAAACGGAUACCGUUUGGCCGAAGUGUUACCGUAUCUCGCCGAUUAGUCUUGUUUAUGCCGGCUGCUAUGCAACAUAAUCGUGUCUGCGUUUUGUGUGUGUGUAUAUCUCUGUUUAAAUGUCAUCUCUAAAACUGCAUUUUUUCCAAUUAUUCUCUGCAGAGAUAAUAAUAAUAAUUUGUCUUUAAAUCAUAGAACAAGAUAACAUCAAAAUCACUCUUUACGGUCAAAUUUGUAUUGAUUUCUAAAAAUAUAAUUCACAUCCACUUUUGUCGCAAGUGGAUUUUUCAACAAAAAAACGAAAAAUUUCGGUGAAAUUCGUGUGAAUUGAGGAAAAAAACAAAAAACUGCUUCGGUUAACAGUUUAUGGUUUGUCCAAUUGGACUUAACAACAACAACAAAAAAAAGUAAACAAGUGAAUUUGAAAUUAUACAGAAAAAAAUUAAAGGAAAAGGUAACGCAGAUACAAGCCCCUUUUUCAGCCCACAGUAGAGUGAACAGUGCGUGUGCAAUCUAACAGAUAAAAAAAACAACUUUUUUUUUGUGUUUUUUUUUUUUUUUUUAUUUGUUUGCUCUCGGUGUUUUCUGGUUCUUCUUCGUUCUCUCCCUUUGCGCUUUGUUUCGUUUCCUUGUGUUUUGUGAUCCCCCUUUUUUUUUAAGCUGGUCACUCUACUAACGUCGUUGUCGCUCGUAUACUGGACAUUUCCCUGAUUCGUGUUUUUACAGUUGAGUGCCCUUUUUCAAAAAAAAAUAGUAACGAAAAACUCCCAAUUCACUUGUCUGUACUAUGUCUGUAUUUGUGUGUAUUUUGAAUGUUUGUUUCGAUGAAAAACGAUGAAACCUGUCCCUUGAGUUGAGAGCUAGGAGAGAAGAGCAUCAUCAAAUUGCCAAGCUAGCUAAAUGGAAAGCCAUACAUUUUCAUUUUCUAAUAAAAAAGAAAAACUCAAUAAGGAACAAAACAAAGAAGUAAAAACUAUUUCAUAUAGUAGAAAAUAAACAAAAAACGAGCUGAAAAAAAUAAACCAAUAACAAAUAUCUCCUCUAUCCAAUAGAUACCAAUUCUCGUGUCGUAUCUAAAAGCCGAUCCAUAAAACUCAAAAAAAAAAAAAAAAAAAAAAAAAAAAAAAUAUACACCGGUAUCUCUCUAUCGAGCUCCAUCAUAUUGUUUUUGGCUCUGAAUGUGUUUUGUGUUGUUUGAUAAAUCUCAAUUCCUAAAGUGGAGGAAAAGUGUUUUUUGUCUGAUGCCCACCAAACACAGUCUGAUGGCAUUAUUAAUUUGAAUUUAUCCUGAUUUUUGUGUGUGUUUCCAUUUGUUUUUUUUUUUAACCCUCCUUCCUGGUUCCUGUUUUUCUUCUUUUUCUAAAACCGCCGCGGAUUUCUUCGUCGUACUGAUCGAGAACAAGUGAAUUUCCAAACACUUUAGGGCGGAAUAUUAUACUAAACUUAUAUAAAAUUAAAUAAAUUAAAAGAAAUAAAACUAGUGAAAACAAAAAAAAAAAAUUGUGUAAACUACGUAUAAAACCCAAUUAAAAUAAAAAAAAUAAAAAAUAUACCUAUACACCAAUAAAAAGCUAUAAAAGUGAAUGUUUUUAGUGAAAAUAAAAAUAUAAUAAAGAAAAAUAUAAUUAAGUGAAAAUAGAAAUAAAAUAAAGUGUAAAAAAAAAUUAUUAAAUCGCUUAACAAAAAAAGUUAUAAAAAAAACAUCAAUAACAACAAACAAAAAAUUAAAAAUAAAAGUGAAAUUUAAAAAAUUAAACAAUAAUUUUCUUCUUGUAAAUUAAAUUAAAAACAUCAUUCAAUAUGGAUAUACUACCGAGUGGGAACAUCUUUCGUGAAUUGCAGGAUAUUUGCAAUACUGGAUAUUUUUCAUCACAACCAUCGAUCGAGGAUCAAUGGCAACAGACCUGCUACGAACUUGAACGAUACCUCCGGGACGAACCCAAACUACAAUCGUACAAGAAACUUCACACCGAAUUAGAUUCGGCAUGGGAGAUAUUUUCCACACCUGCACGCAUCCUUGAGAAAUUGAAAAUCAAGGAACAAAAUCUCGACUCGAUAUCGACGAGUUCCGAAUCGUCAGCGUGUUCGGGCAUAUCCUGGGACAGUUCAUUAAGUUGUUCGGUGGUGGUGAAAAAGGAGAAUAUCGAUGUGGACGAAGAUGAGGAGGAUAAUAAUUCGGAUAGCUGUGAGGAGAAAAUGUCAACGUCAACGUCCCCCGCCUCAUCACAAAUGGAAAAGUCAAUAAAACUGCGUCUUAUAGCCACAGGUACGCAAAGUAUGAACACAUUUAGCCCGCAAGCCAAUAGCAACAGUAACACAAACAACACCACCAGCAACAGUAAUAAUAGUCAUCGAGAUUACCAUUUACCGACACUAACGCCACCCUCAUCACCGGAAUCGAUACGAACUAAUAGCAGCAGCAGUAAUAGCAGUAGCAGUAGCAGCAGCAGAAGCAAUUGUUAUACGCUGACGGCUGCGAGUUUAGCUGCCCUCAUUAACCGCCAACAACAAACGGGGGGCUUGAGAUUUUCGACGUCUUCAACGAAUACAGUUCCUGCUGGCAUUACCACACUUCAUCAUACUUCACCAUCGACAGGCGGAACAUCUGUGACAAGCGAACAACAACAACAACAACAUCCAGCGCAUCAACAGCAAACAGCGGCAGCGUCACAGAAACAACAGGCUCAACAGACCCAGCCACAACAACAACAACAGCAACAGCAUCACAUUCCUCGAAGUGCCAUAGUGCGACUGACAACAACAACAACAUCGACGCCACAUGGCAAAAAUGGCGUCAGUUUGGCCCGUGUGAUACAAGUUAGCCAACAAAAUCUACAGCAACACGCUGCGAUCGCUCAACGUGGAACGACUGCACAAAAUCCACAAGUGACCGCAUUGACCACAAAACAUCACCAGCGACAACAUGAACAUUUACCAGACUCAAAGCGAAGGAUACACAAGUGUCAGUUUUUGGGUUGCAAAAAGGUCUACACCAAGAGUUCACACCUGAAAGCACAUCAAAGAACGCAUACGGGUGAAAAACCGUACAAAUGCUCUUGGGAAGGAUGUGAAUGGCGUUUUGCACGUAGUGAUGAAUUAACGCGUCACUUUCGAAAACAUACCGGCGCCAAACCCUUCAAAUGCCGCAAUUGUGAUCGUUGUUUCUCUCGAUCAGAUCAUUUGGCUUUGCAUAUGAAACGUCAUGUUUAAAUGGUGUA